UGUGUGUUUCCCCCCCUCCGUUUCCCGUUCUUGUCCUUCCAUACCAUCCCUAUCCUAGCCUGUAUUGCCUGCAACCCUCACGUGUGCAUAGUAUACAUACAUCUCAUCUACCUUUUUUUCUCUCUUUCCGUAAGGUUUAUCUUAAGUAGUUUGGAGCCAACCUACCUCCCCCUACCUACAACAACCCUAAAUAACCUACAUACAUAAAUUGGAGGGUGUUGUUGAUGAAGUGGUGGUGUGCUCGUCCUUUCACCGUGACCACCGUAACUAUAGUGCUCGUCAUUGUGAACCCUAUCUACCUAUACAUACGUACUCACUCACGUACACCACCAGCCCUUUAUUUGAAUCAGGCUAUCCAUUCCAGACGUACCAGGCUACCUAUUCUAGUACACCCAUUUCUUACCUUACCUACCUCCCUGGGGAAGCUCUUUAACGCCGAUCUGUUAUCGUACUUGAUUCCGUGAUUACGAUAUUCUGAUUACCUCUCACUUGACACCUUUCCUACCUAGGUUGGCUGGUUCUCCCUUUAGGUGAAAGGGUUUGAAUGAUAAGGAAGCUGUUGGACUGGAUGUGCGAAGUGUUAUCACCGAACCUCCCUCCUCAAUUUUUACAGCCUCACCCUGUGAAUUGCGAUAUUUACUCUUUCCUCACCCCGAGUUUACACAAUGGCCACCGAGACAGUUAUUCAGAAUGGCCCAACCCGCCUGGACCGUCUAAGCGCGGAGGACUUUGAAACGGCAUCGAUACGAUCAGCCGCACCUUCAUACAUAUCCGAAGCGCCAUCCUACCACUCCACAAUCCCAACCAACGAAAGCGCACCCGCAUACACACCACGGGAAUCGCAUCCCACGCCUCCCUCUCGACCCCCAGGCUAUGCCUCCUCAUCUAUGCUCAACAUAUCCCCCCCCUCCCCCUCAUCUUCAACACCAACACCUAUGACAUCCACCUUCGCCCCCGGCGCCGGCCUCCCACGCAUCCCAUCCCCACGACGGCGCACAAACGACGUCCCGCAGCUAGCAGCCUUCUCCAUUCCAUCCUGGUCCUCUAUGCACAGUAACCCGACCGCGCGACACUACCAACGAGUCGCGCACCGGCGUGUCUCGGCUGCGAAUGGGCGGAGCUGGGGUGGUGUUGAGACUGCCCUAAGGUCCGCGGUCGAACGCAUGAAUGCUGCUGCUGCGGCGGAUGAUGCCGAUCCGUAUAAAGUGCGUCCGCUGGAAGAUCCGUAUUUAGUGGGUGAGGAGGCGGCUGCCACUGCUAGACGGGAGAGGUUGGCGAGGCAGAAUGGGGAUGAUAUUUUGUAUCGUGAGGAGAGACGGUGGGAUUGGUUUUUGGGCCAGACGAAAGACUGGGAUGAGCGUGAUCGAAGCUGGAACGCUUUCCGAAACAACUUUGAGAGUCAGGGAAGACUCGCUCGCCGCUUUGGUCGAUAAUCAGCUGUGGCCUCAAACAUAUUUGAGAAUCUUGACACUCGAGACUGGAACUGUUAAUGGGCGCUGUAUCUCAUUUCUUUUCACUCAUUUAGAGGGCUUCAUUUUGGAUUAUUUCUUCCUUCUCACGCAUUGGGCGGCGCUACCUUCAUGGCGUCAAAUUGGGCGGGCGGGCUGGCUAGAUCGGCUCGGAUGACACAUCUCUUUUUUCCUUUUGGAUUCAACGUAUUGAUGGGAUGUUCACAUUUAGAAUGGACGGAUGAAGCCAUGAGAUUAUGUUGAGUAGGGGAGUAAGGGGAUAAUCCAUUUCUUCACCAUUCCUUUUGGCUUCGCUGUACUGUAGCUAGCCGACUCUUGUUUAGCAUUAUGAAUUUAACACAAUUUCAAUGAA